CAAGCGAGGGUCGAGUUUUCCUACAGCGGGCACAAUUGAGCAUCGAGGGCGUUACUGCGCGUUGGCGAUGUCUAUCGAAGCAGCAAAUUUACCAGACAGAGUAGAUGAGGUUUCCCUUUUACGAUCUCAAGUGGAGUCUCUACAGGAUAGAGUCAAAGAGCUAGAGGCUGAAAAUGCAGAGUUAUUGUCUCGGAUAUCCAGCUGUGGCUGUCAUAAGAUGGAGAAGAAACCUAAGAAUCCGGCCGUGAAAAGCAAGAAAGUAAGAGCCGGUAAUGAUAGUAAGAAAAUAGAGAAGAAAGUGACUAAGAUAAUACCAGGUUAUAAUAUGGGAACCCCGCAGAAAUAUUUCAAGAGAUAUGUUGCUCUAAAAGUCAUGUACUUCGGUAGGAGGUUUUAUGGUUUUGCUUCAGAGGCUCAAAUGGAUCCAACUGUUGAGUCUGAAAUUUUCAAAGCUUUGGUGAAGACAAGGCUUUUAGUUGGUGACAAGAAGGAAUCUCAGUACUCAAGAUGUGGUAGAACCGAUAAGGGGGUUUCAUCUGUUGGGCAGGUGAUUGCUUUGGUGAGAAUACUGAAUCGUGCCCUUCCAGAAGAUAUUCGAAUUAUUGGCUGGUCUCCUAUUCGACUUGAUUUUAGUGCAAGAUUCAGCUGUUUGGGUAGAGAAUAUAAAUAUUUUUUUUGGAGAAAGAAUAUGAAUCUCUUGGCUAUGGGGAGUGCAGGGAAGAAGUUUAUUGGAGAACAUGAUUUCAGAAAUUUCUGCAAAAUGGAUGCUGCAAAUGUUCAUAACUAUAGGCGCUGUGUCACAUCAUUCGAAAUUUCUCCUUAUUAUAAAAGUUACAAUGGUAGUGAACUUUGUGCAAUUAAAAUAAAUGGCAGUGCUUUCCUCUGGCACCAAGUUAGGUGCAUGGUUGCUGUGUUGUUCAUGAUUGGCCAAGGUCUUGAAUCUGUUGAUGUGAUAGAUACAUUAUUAGACACCAAGAAGACACCAAGGAAACCUCAGUACACCAUGGCCCCCGAGAUUCCUUUGAUCCUCCAAUCCUGUGAAUUUGAAGGUCUUAAGUUCACGUGCUCAUCAGAUGCUGGGCAAGCACUGCGCUCACACCUGGAGAAUGAAUGGCAGACUUACCAACUCCAAUCUUCAAUCUAUCAUGAUGCUCUUUUGAGUUGUUUGCCUCUGACUGACAGUACAGUUUUGGUUCCUUCAGAUAAGAGCUCGAGGAAUGAUAGAACAGUUAGUAAGAAGACUUCCCAUGUGUCUCUCUUGUUGCGGCCAACUGAGCCUUCGUAUGAAGAACGGCGAGCCAAGCUAGGCACCAAAUGAUUGAGGUGAAGGGUUUGUUGGCAUAUGUAGAAUUCAAAGCAUCAUACUUAUGACUGAGGUGAAGAUGAAGAAAGUGAGGAUGGUGAGGGUAGAGAGAGAGAGAGAGAAGUAAGAGAAAGAAGCACACCCAGAGGAGGAGAGACACGAAGGAAGACACCAACGCAUAAAA